CUUGGUAACCUGGAUGGGUCUAGUGUUACCGUAGAAGCGAGUGCUGUUGUGAAUAGCGUGGGGCAUAGUGCGGGGACUGCUAUAGCUAAGGCGUUUGUAGCGGCGAGUACUGUAGCUAGCCAUGUUAGCAGCGAAUUGGAAGACCUGAUAGAUAAAUUGAAGUCGUAUUUGCCCGAGUAUUACUCGGUUGGUCUAUGGGGCUAUUGUAAAGGCCAAAAUGGCUUAGUCACGAAUUGCUCUGAUCUAAGCAUAAGUUUCUCUUUUGACUUGGUGAAUAUAUUUGAUUCGGUGUCUAUAGAGAUAAAUGAUUUCAUUCCGGGCCUGAAUCAGAUAGUUUUUGUAGUAAUCAUCUGGCUGUACAUUUUGGGUUUUAUCUUAACGGUCCUGGUGGUUAUCCUUGGCGUGCGAAAGGCGGUCUUUUCCAGGGGGAAUAAAUUACUGGCGAUUUUUGCCACGCUUUCGAUGCUCUUGGUUACCACUGCUAUAAUUGGAAUGAUAGUCAUUUACGGGCUUUGGACUGCUGGAAUUAAAAGUGUUUUAUAG